AUGCGCAUGAAAGACUCGGACGACUACAUCACCGCCCGAGCUGCCAAUCCUUGGACCGGCCUCAUAUCACCUAGCUGCGGAAGUCCUUCGCCUCAGCCACGUACCCCUGAAACCCCGGGCGAGGCACUGAAGCUGCAUGGGAAUCUUCCUCCGACUCCUACUCCUGCAACCAAAUUACGCCCUGCAUUGAGCCGUGCCAAUGAAGGCAGGAAAGUCAGUGCUGGGACUUUGCAUAGGUGGCGAGCAAAUGCUAAUGGCUGGGUGUCGGAUUUUGGAGGCACUGUCGCGUCACCCAGGGGCUGUGAUACAGUGGCGAAAGCGGAUUUAUCCAGGACCGCGCCACGAAAGGAUCUAGCAGACGAUAGCUUUGUCGUCAAUAUGCCGUCUGCUCGCGAACCGCAGCCUUUCGCCCAUCCAGGCUGCACGGCAUCGCAAAUCGCGGCCCUCGAGAACCACAGACAAGACGAGCUUAUGGACGGCAGAGCUUUCGGCAACAUUACCGCGGCAUCUUUCGCUCCGUUCGCCUCGCCAAAGAUGCCGCUUUAUAGAGGUCGACAUACAGAUGAGGAUAGGAUUCUACGCACCGUACAUGUAUCCGAGGCGUUCCGCAGCGUCUCUCCACCAGCACAUGUUGCGCCAACACCUCUCCGCAAGCCAGUCCAUCCCCGUAUGCUCCUGCAACGGGCGGAUGCAAGGGACUCGUCGCCCACUAUGGUCAAUAAAUUAAAGCAGCACGACUAUGCGGUAUUUGGAGCAGAUCAAGCUGGCAACAGUGCAAGGCGUGAUCCACGACAACUGCCGCCAAUGAGAUUCGUUCAUCCGUCGAUGGUCGCAAUACCGCGUCACCGUACUCAACCACCACAACGGCCUGGAAAACGAGUAUGCUCACUCGGCUGUGAGCGAGAGGGCAAUACGAAAAUGUGCAGCGAGCGAUUGCACAAGCCGAAUGCCACAAGUCGCUCGGUAUCUGCAACUUUACUGUUUGAUGUUCAUAACCAUGCAUCGCCUUCAAAUGAUGCGAGCGGCAAGUAUGACAACAUACUCACCGACUGCUUGCGUACGAUCGUUCUUGGCGUGAUCGGUAUCUCCAAGCACAUACAUCCGCCAGAUAUGAAAGCGUUAUCUGCGCUAUGUCUGAGGAGUGCUACGCCACAGCAGAAAUUCGACGGGCUCAAAGCUAUGCUACUCAUGGUCUCGCAGGUGUCUGCCUUUCUGUUGGCGUUCGCGGUGGCCUGGCGGCUAAGUAUGCUGGUUACUCAACUAGUGGUCGUUGUGCUAUGGCCUUUGAUCAUCCUAGUGAAAGUGGCGAAGUGGCUAGCGAGUGGAUGA